AUGUUGACGUCUCCAAACCGAGGUCGAGGUCAACAAAAGUUGGCAAGUUCGCCCUCAGGCAAGAGCUGCUCCAAGCAACUCCUCAGCGACCCAUCCUGUGGGCAAUCGGGAGCCUCCAAUUCCAACUCGGCCCACUCAUCCCGAUCCACUUCACCCAUGAACAGCGUGUUUCGCUCGCUCAAAAGAGCUCGCUUCCUUCGGGACAAAUUCUCCAAGCGUUCCUUCUCGGAUUCGAGCGUUUCCAUGGAUCAAACGGGGAGGAUCAUCAAAGGCAGUGCUGGAACAUCCCCCAGUCGCCUUUUGUAUCCCAAGUAUGAGUUUGGCGUGGAGCAGCGCUCGACAUCCAUGAUAGUACACAAUAACCAUAGCCAACACAAUCGGACUGCGGCGGUUCGUGGCAACUCGACCCUCAUCUCGCCCAAAAGUGGAUUAACGUCUCCCAAACCGUUGGGUCGGCGGAUCCAGUCGGCAUUUUCGUCUCCACAAGAUGGCAAUAAACGGCUCACACCUGAAGAUUUGUGGAAUUCCAUUGGUCUGAACCUCGAGGAUGGAUCCAGUGGCGUGUACUCAUUGCUCAACAUUGACGUGUGUGGUUGUGCAAGUGUGGGAGGUGGCGGGUUUUCCGAACCCUUAGGUCAUUGGCGCGAAGAGAUGAACGACAAACCCAUCCGGACUCAAACAAAAUGUGUUCGUAAUUUGGCAAGUGGAACUCAAUCUGGUCACAAACACUCCUCGGAGUGUGUUCCUUUGAGCAUCAAGGAAGUUGAGAGAUCUAGCCUCUUGUGUAAACAUACUGUGGGACAAGUCGGCGUGUCUCCUUCUGUGUCUUUGAACACAGAUCAGGGUGGUUCGAAAUUUACUAACGGAGCUGGAGGACACUCAUGGAUGGGCCUCGUGCCUAGCUAUCCUCCGCAUUCUACUUUGGCCACGACCACUGAUCCGUCCUCCAAGUCGGAUUUGUCCUCGCUUUCGAAUUGUGCCAAGUGCGUGUGUGGCGUAAGUAAGGGAAUGGCCACGACAAGAUCAAACAUUGUUGGCUCUCAACCAUUGGAUCGCAAUCACUUGACCUUGGUCCACACGACAACCUCAGAGGAGGACAAUAAAAAUCAAUGUCGUAGCAGUGCCGGUGGAUGCGGUGGUAGUGCUGGGGGAUCUAGUUAUGCCAAGAGUCCCAAUGCUAAUAUCUCAAGGAGAAUGAGAAAUGAUCUGAGCACUCCUCCACGUGCCACCACUCUAUCGAAGAAAGCCAUAGCUAAUGAGGAGUCUUCCGCUAUGAGUUGUCAUGAGCUCGUAGAAAAUGCACGCCUCAGUCACGGCCUCCAGAGCCGGGAGAAGCCACGAGAUGGAAACAAUUAUGACUUGCAAACAUCAUUCAUUGGUGGUAGUGGUAGUGGUGGUGGUUGUGGUGGAGCCUUAUCCUCCUCCUCUUCACCGAGUGUGACAUGCCCCAGUUUUAUGGCGCCUAACUAUGAGACCGUUGAGCCAUCGAGCGUGGUCGGGGCGUCAAAGCUGAGACGCAAUCAUGAUCCCAGUCGUUCGAGAUCAUCAUCUUCGUCGUCGUCGUCAGUGAGGCUUGACGAUAGAGGGGAUUUUGGAUCAUCAUCAAGGGAGCUCCGAGAACAACGAUUGAAUUGUAAAGGCAUACGCAGCGGGCAACUAGGAGACCUCCUAGUAGCCCAGAGGGCGAGGAACUCGCCAACUACUAAGACGCCUGAGCAACUAGAACAAAGUCGCGUCAAAGACGACGAGAAGUCGGAGGAACAAGAAUGUGGAACAGAGGUGCGAGCUGAUGACUCCAGUGGAGGUCGUCCGUCUCCAGGAACAACAAACAACAUCUUCUAUCGUCAUGAAGUUGUGGAGGGGUGUUCGGUGGGCAGGAAUCCUGAGAGCUUCGAUGAAUCCUUCGACUUGAGCUCAGUGUCUAACUUAUGUGCCACCACGCCACAAAAGGGAAGUGAAAAACGCUCCUCCUGGAAUGUAACGACUCUCGGUGGAAUUGCGAACACUUUGGAACAGAUCCCCAAAAGUGAACAGAUCAAGCCCAAUGCACUCGCACCCGACUACCAGAAGACUACAACUAGUGUGUCCACCCCAGUAGAGAGAGAUGUAGUCCAGAAGCCUGUUGGACAGCCACAAACAUCCCUCAGAAUAGUUUCGGACGUGCCUGGUGAGAUGGAACGCGAAGAGCUCAUGGACCGCUUGGAGCAAAGUUUAGGUUACUCCACAUGCAGACUGCCUCGAGUCCUCACCGUAGCUCAACGUCGACGAGCGGGGAUGGUCAAGCAAUGGUCCAUGGAUGAAACAAAGUCCUGGUUCUACUCCCGCUCGUCCAGUUUGGAUCGUCAAGGUCCCCACCUGGCCACUCAAGACGAGGAUCCGUCCAACUCAGGAACGUCAUCCCCUUUGACCUCAUCGGCGAUUCCUUUUGCCACUGGUGGUGGUGUUGGUGGUGGCGGUGGUGGUGGUGUUACUGCUGCUGCUGCUCCUCCUUCCGUAGGGAUUUCUUCGGCUGCCAAGUUAUCCUCGGCGGGCACCUCAUUGUCAGGUGAGAAACGACGGAGAUUCUUUCAACGCAAGAAUACUUGCAGUGCCCCUGCAUCUUCGACUGAAAGUGUGGACUCCUCAUUACCAAGUCGUAAGAGUUCUCAAGAGAGUUCUUCCGUGAGUGCAGUGAGCAAGGUUCUGGAGGAGGUCUUUCGAACCUCCACCCUUCUGAAUUGGGACAGUGAUCUUGAUAUAUUUCCAUCGCCUGGAACUUCCCAAGCCAUUCAUUCUCAUUUGAGUUCCACCAUGUCGCCUCCAACUGUUAUAUCAGGUUUGGUGAGGAGUCGAGAUGGAAGUCACCUCAGUCCAAACACUCAACCCUACAUCAGUCUUCCAUCACCCAACAUUCAAUCAGCCAAGCCCACCGUCCCUGGUGGUCUAUCCACUCACGAUGCAGAUGACGAUGAGGAUCAAGGCAGUCAUCUGCAUCAAUCCGGACCGGAUUGCACACAUCUUGUGAGGCGAGGUGCUUUGGUCCCACCCAAGAUGGACCCGGAUGAUGAUCCUGGAGGAUCGAGUAUGAGCAAUGAUGACGAAGGAUGCGGUUCAUCCCAUUUGGACCAAAGUACAACCUCACGAAACAGCGGAAACAACCCUGGUUCCACCAUCAGUUCCAACUUGGAACAUGUGGGCGAGGUCCCGGGUUGUGGAUCCAACACCUUGUCGGUCCCGGGAUCAGAAUCCAGCUGUGGCCACAAGUCCACGAGUGGGCGGUCCAUUCCUCCCAGACGAAGCUCAGUGGUGGUCAUUCCACCCAUGCAAGUCUGUCCGGGGGACCUUCUGGUCUAUUCCAAAGCUCUGACGCAUCGAGGCAACUACCUGGAGCUCGACGGUUCAACUACCAGCCUCUCCAAUGAACAAGAUCAUAGCCAUGCCGUGACCUCCUCAUCAAGGAAGUCCAAGAACACGUGGUCCCUUCUCAAAUUGUUUGACCGUGAUAAGAAACCUAAGAGCGAAAGCCCUGGAGGAUUAGAAGAGGUCCUGGCCAACAUGUCUCAAUCCGAAUUCACUGACGAACAACUCCCCAGGCUAUGUGGGAUUCAGUGGUUUGAUUUUGUGGAACUCGUGGACAUGGAACGUCGAGGCCGAGUGCCAUGGUUGUCCAACCAUCAUCAUCACCAUCAAAGGGAUCUCGAAUCACCGAGAAAUGAUUUGCCCGAGUCGCUCAAGACCGAGAUGGCCCAUGACCAACAACCGUGUUCCGACAUUGACGGCCUUAUCGGAAGAGAUCAGGAUCAGCAACAGCUCUUGGAUUCGUCCGAGGACCUCGUCACAGAUUUGGUGAACGUUUCCCAAUCCGGACUCGACACCAAUGGAAGUCUACGCUCCAAAUUAGCGCCUGCUCAUCGUCAACGUGUUUCCCGACUGAAGCGCACUCAAAGUGAACGGGCGCCUGAAGGUGGAGCAGCACUACAUAACUUAAAGAAGUUCGGUCCCAAUGGAAGCUUCUCACCUCUGGCCAAAGUGGUGACACCUUUGAGUAGUCGAGGAUCAUCGCCAGAAACGAAGGCACCAGAUCAACAGUCGGUAACAAGUUUACCGAUUGCUAGUAAUGUCACUCGGCAACGUCGCCACAAUCUGGUCCAUUCCAUGUCCUUCACGGCCAAAGACAUCGAUCCGACACGUCGCAUUUUGGCCAGUCGGGAGUCCUUGACACGGGAGCAAAAGCGGAUCGACUCCGUGUGGGAUCUCUUCCAAAGCGAGAUUGCUUUUCUCGUGGACCACCUCAACGUCUUGAAGCAUGUCUACAUGGAACCACUCAAAAAAGUUCAAGUGGAAGGGUACAUUAUGUUUGCGGAGCCCGAGGUUCUCUUUGGAAAUCUAGACGAACUCUGCUGUGUCACUUAUUCCUUUUGUAAGGAAUUCCUUCACUUGUUGCUCAAUAUGGUGGAACCUGACGGGGAUUUGCCCGUCUCAAACCUAAUGAUAAGGCUCUUUGAGAAAGGGGGUCGAGCACGAACCCUAUCUCAGGCUUAUCAUCGCUAUGCUUUGAACUAUAUCAAUGCUCUCAACUACUUGGAGAGUCUCCGGAGACAGCCCGAGUUCUGCGAAUUUGAAAAGUGGUGCAAUCGUGAUCCUCGAUGCAAGAAACUUCAAUUGACCGACCUCUUGGUGGCUCCGGUUCAUCAUAUCAUGAAAAUACCCCUUGUGAUAAAGGAUAUUGAGGCCAAAACCGACACUCGAGAGGAGAAAGCCAUCAUUGCCCGGGUUCUAGAAAUGAAAGAAGCAUCAUUGAGAGAACUAGAUGACAAGAUGAAAUGGCUGAAAAACUUUGAUCGUCUCCUCGAGAUACAACGGAACAUCGUGUGGCCUUCGGUUCUGGAGCUCGACCCCAAGCAGUAUUUCCCGGAAUUUCUCAAGGCAGCCUUGUCCCGACAGCCUUGUGAGAGAUUGAUUGUGUCACCUCGCCGUCAGAUUCUGAUGGAAGGGCCACUCUUUCUGUUGGACUCGGGCAAACCCAUCGAUAUGUAUCUCAUUCUCUUCGACGAUCUCCUCAUUAUCACGCGGAGAAAGAAGUCUCUGUCCAAAAAGAAAUCCACUCUGACCGAAAACUGGGGCUCGGUCCGAUCCAGUAUGAAUGACUCGAGCAUGAAGUACAUCGUUCAUAAGCAGCCACUCUCGUUGGACCGAUUUUUCAUCCACGAGGUGGCGCCGCAAGAGGCCAUUGGCGCCAAACUGGAACACGCUUUUAUCCUCAUCUGUCUGAAUCGGUUUCAACAAAUAGUACAAGUUCACACGUUCCAGACCGAAACUGAGACGUUAAAGAAUGCUUGGUUGUCCAAAUUGAGGGAGGCCCAAGAGAUUUGGAAGCGGACUCUUCAGACCACCAUUUUCAAGGGCUCAACCUCAAGUUGUGGAGAUCAGGAUAUUUUAGGUGCCCAGAGCACCACGUCUCCCGAGGCGGCCAAAGGUGCGCCCACACUCUUGUAGGAUGGCGAUGGCGAUGACGAUGGCGGCGGUGGUGGUGGAAGUGAAGAGGAGCACCACAACCACCCACCAUCAGGAAGAAAUCCGCCAAAGAGGCACCCACACUCAUGUACGCGCUCGGACUUGAUGUUCCCGCCAAGCGAAUGAACGAACCAUUGAUAGCGGAUGGAUGGAUGGAUGGAUGGAUGGAUGGAUGGAUGGAUGGAUUGUGGAUGAGUGAAUGACACUUCCAGGAUCGAGGUCCUUUCUCUCCUUCUUCGUUUCUCUCUCCUUCCUUCUUGAACACUCGUUUCUUCUUCAGAUUGCCCCAACAAGGCAUUAUUUAUCUAUGAUGUCAUAAUGAGCAUUGUUAGAAACGAUUGUGUGGACCCGAUUUCCAGCGAAAGUGGCUUGAUCUGAGUUCUUUGCACGUCAAGUAAACUGGAAUUGUUUCUUUUUUCCGACAUUUGCUCCCACGAACGCUUUGUUCCCGAGGACGUCACAACAACGAUGAUCAAUACCACGCCGUUCUCGGUCAUUUCAAUGAAAGCAUCUUCUAACUGGCUACAUACCACUAGCUAGGGAGUCAGGUCAUCCUUUUCCUAGUCUUUUCUUCUUCCUCGUCUUCUCAUGGGAAACAAUACGAAUUACGCUUGAGUAAACACGGGCCAAUAAUGAAGCCUUCAUCUUCCCGUACCCACAACAGGCCAACUUUACAUUUAUACCACGCCAUCAUAUUUGGUCUGUAGUACAAACCCACGCCCUCUCCUCACGCCCACAGGACCGCUCUAUUGUCGUCUCUAGUGUAGUGACAUUAUUAGUUUUAUGUCAACGGAAAAUUGAUCUGAAAUCAUCAGGAAGUUCCUUGUGAUAUACGUAAGUAGUAACUACUAAACAUGAGUGUUUGACUGUAUAGGUCCGAGUGUAUAGAUAGAUUAUGCCAAAGAGAAACCGAAACCACCCUCUGAUCAAUCUCAGCGCUCUUUGCUCCCCUAACCAUCCACCCUUAUUCAUUUCUUUUAAUGUCAAUGUUAACCUUUCGCCCGCCCCAAAUCAAGAAAAGUAGCGACCCCCAAAGCAGAAAAUAAUCGAUUAAAAAAAAAAUCUGGCUACUACUUCAUAGGGUGUUCAUGUGAUACUAGAGUGCAACUACUAUUAUUACAACAACAAUAAUCAUCAUCACCAUCUUCACCAUAAUCAUCUUCAAACGUGGUAAAUGUCUAUACCCUGAUCAUUCUGUGUCCGCAAUCAUUUUUAGAUGUGACUGACGUAUUAUCAUCAUCAACACUUGUAAUGCUUUGAAGUAUUUUUCAAUCAAUGUGCAUUUCAUUUACCAGAAACUCAAGACGAUGUGGGCAUUUCAUUCGAGAUGCUACCCGACACAAUAAAGGACUAAAGAAAUACCAAUCACCCAAGAAA